AAAAGGUCCUACCCUUCGGUGGGGAAUCUAGCUGUGGUUAGUGUUUGUGCGUGGGUUUAUGAGUGCAAUUCGUGUGUGUUAGUACACAAUUUCCACCACGCGCUUCUUGCCUCUAGCCCUGCUGGUGUGCAAAAACAAGUGUUGAAAGUCUCACCGAAUCCGGUUGCAGUGGGACAACAUCCCGCUUCUCAUCGUCAGCACAUUCAGCAGCAGUUUACCGGUUCGUCUUCUUCCAGCCUUGUUGGGGCUGUACCACAAAAACCGGCCAAGAUGAAGAUGUCAAAACUCUCCAAUCAGACCAACUCGCAGGACCCCCAGGCGGUGAACUCGAGAGUUUUCGUCGGCAACCUGAACACAUUUCAGUGCUCCAAGACGGAUGUGGAGCGCAUGUUCCAGCGCUACGGACGAUUGGCGGGAAUUUCCAUGCAUAAAGGAUACGCGUUUGUGCAGUUUACCAAUCCAUUCGAUGCACGGAACGCGUGCCACGGCGAGGAUGGCCGAACGGUACUGAGCCAAACCUUGGAUGUCAACAUGGUCGCGGAACCGAAACCACACCAAACGGGUCGGAAACGGCAAAACAAAUCGAAAACUGGAAAUGAUUGGGAUUAUUACUACGACAGCUACUACGCUUCAACACUAUUUGGACCACUGCAGCAACAGCCGAACGCACAGCCACGGCCCCUUAAACGUCAGCGACUGAUGGCACCGAGCCGUAUGGGAAUGACACCGAAAAUGAACGGUGCGGGACCCAUCCUUGGACACAACCAUCAGCAGCAGCAACAACAACAACAACAGCAACAAGUUCUCUCCCAGCAACAACAGCAGCAACAGCAACAACAACAACAGCAGCAGGUACAGCAACAACAGCAACAGAUGCACUUGGUGGCACAUUCUCAGCAGCUGCAGCAACAGAUGCAAGCCGUUGCUGCGGCGAGCCCCGUAUCCGGUGGGUCUUGCAACCUUGGGAGCUACUAUGGCGCACCGGGCGGUAACAUUGGUUCGAGCAAUGGCGUACAGAUGCAGGUACCGAACGGAUGUAUUGGGUCGAACGGUUACAUCAACAACAAUAACUGUUUGAUGAAUGGUGUGGAACUGGGCGGUGUGGUCGGUGGUGGUAUUGGUGGAUGCAACAUGUCGAGUUAUACCAAUGGGCAGCACGUGGUUGGACCAUUCAAAACGUACAGUAAUCCCGACACACUCAUCUGCGGCAACUGCCGGGAGCUGUUCACCGAUCUGACCGAGCUGCUGGAUCACAAGCGUAGCUACUGCAAGCUUCGAUUUACCUGCAAGUGUCUCAGUACCUCACCGGUGCAGAAAGUUUAUCCGACUCCGCAGGCAAAGCUGGUGUGCGUCGCGUGUAAGGAUUCGUUCUCCAAUCCCUGGGAUCUAAUGGUGCAUGCACAGGCCGCACACAUGGUAAACAUCUACGAGCUGGGUGAAAGUUCGUCCGGCGAGGAUGGUAAGACGUCAGCGAUGGGUGGUGAUCGCACCACCAACAGUACGCCCACGAUGCCUUGCUCACCGCCAGCUCUGGAACUGGGCAAACUCCAGAACGGAACGGGAGCGGUCAACAACCCCAUGGGAAAUGGAAUACACGAGCUUGAUGACGACAAGAAUGAACAUACGGAGGACACACAAUCGCAGGCGACCGCUAGCUCACCGGAAGCAUGCUUACAGACGGCUUCCUCCAGUGAGGACAUUUCUUCCAUGAACGAUUCACCCAUGAUGACCGUAAUCGCGAAGACGGAACCAUCGUCCCUGCUGACGAACGGAUUUGCAAACUCCGCUACCAUGGACACAGGCAUGAAGACGAACGGCCCAGCAAGGGCUUGUAUCAUGACAGCAUUAAGUAUAGACACAAAGUCAAACCAGGAUGCAUCGGUAGCAUUGAAAAUGGUAUCAUCCUCAAUGGGCAUAACGCUUACUAACGGUGCGGCGGUAACGGCCGUAACGCAGUAAAACAUUUGUUUUAAGCAUACUUUGUUCGUUUUUACUCUCUUUGAUUUUCUCGUUAUCCAUUUUGUUAUAUUAAACUGCAGUGAUUAUAUUUCUAUUUUACUGUUUAUCUUUCUUAUGUUUCGUAUCUUUUAUGUUUUUGCUAUAAAUUACUUUUACUUCAUUCGUUUAUUGCUUUUCACUAUAUAAAAAAAAUUAAGUUAAACAUUUGUUCUGUAUGAAAUUAUUUAUUAUCUAAAAAACUCGUUUCAUAGAUGUAAUGAAAACCUUAAAACAACAACACAUCAACCGUUCUUCUAAUGAGAGAAACGAAAAGUAUUCUAUUAUCGUAGAUAGUAAGACAAACGUUUAUAUAAAUACACACACAAACAAACCUUAACGUGGGAAUUAUGCAAAAACAAAACAAAAAAAAAAGAAAAUCCCACAAAAUACUCGAAAUAAAUUGAACAAGCGUUAAUCUAACGCUAGAUUUAUAAACAAAAGAUGACAGACAGACACAGUGCUUAACACAAUACACAAACAUACGCAGACAGAAAAAGGAAAUGGCAUAACCAACUGUACGUAACAAUAGAAAUAUGGUUCGUCUUAACGGGGAGAAUUUGCCUACCAAUCCAAGCAUAUUGCCAGGAAGUUGUGUACAAAAACACUCAGAAAUAAAAACCAGAAGAUUGCAAGAGAAUAAAAACGUUUCAAAACUCAAGCCACAACAAAACUUCCAAACCCCCAGCCCGACCUUGUGGGCGAUAAAUGAAUACAAAACAAUGAGAGCUUAUGGUAUGAUUUAUGUUUAUAAACUGCACAGACCUGAAGGGAACAAAAAAGCUUUGGCUCAUUCGUUCGUUUGUUUUUUUUUUGUUGUUUCGCCAUGCUCAGUCGAGUGUUAAUGUAUCCUUGUGGAGGUGAAAAGAAAUGGGAGGAAAAUCUGGGACGGUUUAAUAAAUCUCCGCUUCUGCUACCAUCCCAUUGUUGAUUAGAUAAUACCACAAGAAGCCACAAACACAAACAUGGCCUCACGUUUCACAAAACAUUUGCCUCAGUUCGUGCAACAAAAGUGAUGGUGCGUAUGGAAAAACCUAAAAAUGGGUAGCAAGGAUUUGACUUUACAUAAACCUACCCAGCAGUACGAGCCAAAUCCUUCUACUUGCUAUAGAUAUGGAUGUCACCUUGAAUCUACCGUCGUGAAGAUGUGUGUUGAACUUGUACAUAUCACCAAAAAAAAAAACCUUCCAACACACAGGCACACGGCAAAACAAGAUUGAAAAAAAACGAUGGAAAAAUGUAACAUUCAGAACGCUGCGGCAAUUGUGGCCAGACACAAUACAUACCGAUUUGUCACCCAAAAAACAAUUCCAAUCCGAAGCAAACUGAUGCUUCACGAAACAGGUUUAAAUUACUUAACUGAUAAGCGCCGAAAUCUUCCCGUCAUUUAUUCCUCCCCUUGUAUGGUAUUUUAGCAAACACAUUACUACAACUACAACCGAAACAGAAAGAAAAAGUGGAGCCGAACAUAAUCAAAACAUCUCCCUUUUUGUCCCAUUUUGCCCCACCAGACAGGGCCACCAGAAUAUCGAUGUUAUAAUGUUUGUACGUGGCAGCUUAACAGAGAACAUUGGCCCUCGGGUAGGUUUUUUUUUCCUUUGCGUUCUGAUUGUUGUAAACUUUGCAUUAAAAAAAAAGGCGUAACAAACAUAUGAGAGAUGAUAUGCAGUACUGGAAGUUCUAGUCGGAGUACAUAUAUAGGUAUAUAUACAUAUAUAUAGCUUAUGGAAUGUUAACCCAUGUUCAGUUCAACCAACACAGGCAACAUAAUUUCUCUUGCGGUAGUAAUUACUUAGGUUAACUAGUUGUUCUAAUGUUUCCAGCAGAUCGAUUAACCAUAAGAGAAGCUAAUAAAAUUUUGUUUGUCCGUUGCAACACAUUCUA